UAUUCUCUCUCUUUUCCCACACAAACAUAAAGCAACACAAUACUGCAUCCACAAACCCUCUCAAACAUUCCUUUUUUUCUUCUUUUAAAACCACUUGCUCAUAAAGCUGCUCAUUUUCCCUUUUCACUCCAAAAAAAAAAAAACACAAUUUUUUCCUUUUGCUUCUUCUUUAAUUUCUACUUCUUCAUCAUCAUCCAUGGAUACUGCUCAAUGGCCUCAGGAGAUAGUGGUGAAGCCAAUGGAAGAUAUAAUAGGAAACACAAAUGGUUCAUCAAAACCUAAUUGUGUUGAAAGGAAAUUAGUUAGACCACAAAAAGACCAAGUUGUGAAUUGUCCAAGAUGCAAUUCAACAAACACAAAGUUUUGUUAUUAUAACAACUAUAGUCUUUCUCAACCAAGGUAUUUUUGCAAGACUUGUAGAAGAUAUUGGACUGAAGGUGGAUCUCUUAGGAACAUUCCUGUUGGUGGUGGUUCAAGAAAAAAUAAGAAAUCUUCUUCUCCUUAUAAUUCAAAUAAUAAUCAUGUUAUAGUAAAUAAUAAAAAACUUCCUGAUAAUUUGGUUGCUCCUCCACCACAUCGAGACAAUAAUAUCGAGGAAUAUCCAGAAAGGCAUUUUGGAAAUCGACCUGAUACUUCUAUACCUCAACAUCAUCAUGAUCAAAGCCCUAGUAAGAUUAUCCAUGAAGGAAGCCAAGAUCUCAAUUUGGGAUUUUCAUCUGAUUUCAAGACUAUUACUGAGCUAAUUCAGGUACCAAAUUAUGAUGGGAGUAACAAGGACAACAAUAGUCAGAAUAUUUCAACAUUGCCUCCUCCUCCUCCAUCUUCUUCUUCUUCAGCUUCUUCUCCAUCUCAACUUUCCGCCAUGGAGUUGAUUAAUGGGAUCACUUCGAGAGGGUUGAAUAAUAAUUCGUUCAAUAUGACAAUGCCAAAUUCAGUAUACAACUCAUCUGGAUUUUCAUUAAUGCCAUCUCUAAAUUUCUCAUUGGAUCAUGGACUUGGAAAUAAUGUUCAUCAUAGUAGCUAUGGAAAUAACAAUAAUCUUCAAGAGACAAAUGCAAAUGGAAGGUUUUUGUUUCCUUUUGUAGGUUUAAAGCAAGUUUCGAAUAACACAAGUGAUGGUGCUAAUGAGCCUAGUCUUGGAGAUCAAUCUACUAAUGGAUAUUGGAAUGGGAUGCUAGGAGGAGGAGGAGGAUCUUGGUAACAAACA